GCUCAAAGGCCUCGAAGUGCCGCUGUCCCCGCUUGCUGAUUGGCGAAUAUGCAUUCAGAUUCGACGACUGGGUAUGUGCAUGGAUGGGGGUUUCACUUCGACUCUACUUCCAAGUUUGUUGUUUACCGCGGAACCAACCUCAUGAGAGCUCCACCUUGGCUAGCUGCCUGCAGAGUCGCAAUCGUACCGGCCCAGGACAAGACGGUCUGAGGCCAUUUUAAACACCUGGGCGCCUCCAUGGGCAGAACCAUCUAGUCUAUCCUGUCGGAGCGACACCGUGAAGCUGUUGUGCCUUCCCUAUUCUUCCGCCCCAGCCUUCACAUCCCGUUUCGUGGCUUCCUAGGCAUAAUCUCGGGUGAGUGCAUCGAUUGCACUUCCCCGCCUUCGUGCAGCAUCUCUAGGCCUGCCCACCACGCGUCCGAUGUCUGCUUUUUGAGCUUCCCAGGGCCCUGUUGCUCCUCCAACACCUUCGCUCCGCGUUACACGACAUGGGAAACGCACAGAGCCAUGGCGAGCCGCAUCACAGGCUGGUGAAGCCGAAGACAAAUAGGAACUCGCCUUCCGCCGUUCUAGAGAAUGAGCACACCGUGGAUUCGCCUGCCUCUCUUUCCUCCAGAUACGCCAACCUAAGCGCGCGCGACCGGCAGCAGAUUAAGUCGCAGUUGCUGUCUCCAGUACAGACCGACUUCGAGCAUCGGGGGUCCUUCGACGAAGAACGGAGCAUGGAAGAGCUGGACGUGCAGAGGCGACUUUCCUCCCGAACAAAUUCGCUAUCAUGCUUUAGGAAUAAAGCAGGAUCUACUGCAAGGCUCUCCAGCUUGCCUACGUCGAAGGUCUCCCUGGUGCAGAGCAGCCAGACUGUGGAUAUAGAGACGGCGAUUUCGAUUCUUCAGGAAGUCCAGAAGAAUGCAACACCAGAAGACAUCGCAGCACUACGGCUAGCACUGGCUCCAUAUGAUCCCAGCCCCUCUCCUCGCUCUGCAAGCGUUGAGCCAGGCAUCAGCCGCCGCACUUCAGUCGUGAACCGAUCUACCUCUUCCCUUACCCGGCGGCGUUCCCUUCUUGCGACACCGGGCCUCGCGACUCGCAACUCGCCAAUCGAGAGCAACAGGCGAACAUGGAAUUCUUGGAGAACACCGAAGCUGGACGUACAAGAGGAGGCGAAAUGGCAACGACAUAAUAUGGUGGAAAACUCUCCGCUGGCACGCGUGGCUGCGUUGGGCCUGGCUGAUGAAGGGCGAGCGUCCCCCGAACCGCGAGCUCAGACGCCUUCUGACAUGGAGUAUUCACAUAUCGGAACUCUGAAACUUGGAUCCUUGAAGAUCGCGAACGGGGAACCGUCGCCGGCUGCUAGUGCAAAGCUGAACUGGCACGCAUCGCAGAUAUCACAUGGAGAAGACUACUUUUCGGACGCUCUGGACAGCCCGAUCAUGAUGAAGUCUACCAGAAAGCGUCGUCAUGUUAGAAGCAAGUCCGCGCUACAACCUCCAACCCCUCCACUAUUCCGUGGCGUGCGCGUAUCGAGCGAUAGUCGUAAGGCGAAGACCACGUCACGAUAUGUUGUGUCGCCAAAACCCGAACCCUCUAAACAGUUGCGACAACAACCUGAAUCGUAUCCCUCGCACUAUGAGGGCCUAGAUGAGGAACCAGAGCCUCUUAGGAGGCUUCGUGUGAUGAACAAGAGCCAAGAUACCCUUGCCACGAUGCUAUCACAACCUGACAUUUGUGACGAACCGCCGGAACUUCCUCAAACGGUUCCCUUCGAAAAUUACGAUGAGGGCUUCUUUGCUUCAGAUGAGGACGUAAAUCCUCGAGAGGCAGCCUUACAGAUAUUGGAUGGCACUAUGUUCAGCGAGCCGGUCGAGGCCCGUAGCCUGCAGGAACAGAUCGUUCCCUACACAACUUCAACGCCUAAAGGCCUGCGGAAAGUCAAAUCGCGUCCGCCACCGACGAAGGCUGAUUCAGGUUAUUCAUCUGGUGGAAGUUUCGAUGCCAAGCAUCCUGAAGCUUCGAAGCAGGGUGCGAUCCCAACAGUUUCUAGAAAGCCUUCAAUGGCGACUGACUCGCGUCAAAAUGAGGACAGAACUGCUCAGGGUGACCCUCCCAACGUACAAGCAUUCGAGCCAUACCCAGAAGCUCCAAUCUCCCAUGAGUCCCUGAUGUCCGACCCAACAGACGAGUACAUUAUGCCGGCCAAACCACGCCGAUAUCAAUCACAGGAGAACGUGAAGCAUGAUCCUCUCCCGCUGGAUUGGAACAUCAAUGAUCUUUCGCUAGGCACGAAAGCACCCAAGCCGCCUUCGACCCCAACGUCUUUCAUCUCACAAUUUUCUAUGGACAGUAAUGCUUCGGGCCAGCGGCGACUGCAGAAGAGGAAUUCUUCAUUCCUGGAGCGUCCCGUUGUUCAGUCGUGCGAUCCCAUACCGGAAGGAUCGAUUCCGGGUAUACCCAUGGAUAUCAGGAAGCAGUUCGUCAGGCGUCUGUCCGAAGCGCCGGGAAUGGAAUGCCUGACGCACACAUACCCCACAAAGAAUCACGUUACUCUCGAUGAGCCUGACCUCGAGCCGAAACUACCUUAUCUUGAGCCUAUCAAGUUUCCUUCUCCCCCCGCAACACCGGAGCCUGAAACUCGUGGCAGACAGCACGAGCGUUCCGGGAAGGAACGUUCGUCAUCUCUUCACCGGCUUCGACGUAGCCUCUCCCUCUUCCGACGGAAGACGAAGGAAAACAAGGAGGAGGAACAGCCACCGGUACCAGGUGUGCCCAUAGUCCUCGACUUGGGAUCCACCGCUGCCUCGCUGGGUCGUUCUCCUUAUGACGUUGCCCUAGCCACAGCUCACCAAAAGAGGACAUCAUCACCGGCGCAUCCUCAUCAACUAGGCAAUGCGAUGCCGCGAGCGAAGACCAUGGGACACAUGGAUGCCGAGACGGCCGCAAAACUUGCUCGUCUCCGUAGCAAAGAUCGCGCAUCCAUGCGACCGCAGAUGCCUCCUAGACCGAGGAGCUACUACAGCGAGAAAGAGGCAACGAGCGAGACUGAUCUAUAUCGACGACACAGCUAUUACGGCCAUGCACCUCCGAUGCCCACAAUCCCAAGCAUUGGAGAGCUCCAUGCCGUCAGCCGUGAGUGUGAGCAGAAGGCCCUGAUCCAGUCUGGAGUUCCCCAAGUCCAGCAAGUGUCUCAGGUCCCGCACCCCAUCGAAGCGAACUCAGGUCGUAAAAUCCGCGCCAAAAGUACUGGUCGCGGUCGCGUAGUCUCUCCUUUAAUCGAGAAGUACGAGAAGCAAGUGUCAAGCAACCAGCGACCCAGCCUCGCCGACCAACGGUCACGGUCUUCCACAGUAAGCAACGACGGCACAUACUGCGACGCCCUGCGCGAGAGUCAUGUCUACAGCUCAGGCAGCGAUGCCGUACCCCGGCGCUUCAAGAAGAUGAUCGAACACCCCGAUUGGGGCUGAUCGUAUAUCUAACAUACAUUCAUUGUCCACGAUGCACCAUUCCGUGUGGACUUUUCCAUUUUUCGUCGCAAUUGUUUUGACGCAAUAUACCAUCUGCGCGAUGCCGCAUGCCAAUGUCUGGUUUUUCUUAAUAUGUUCGUCGGGCAUUUCAGCUGGAUUGGGUGCAUUAGGGUCUAAGGCUUGGGCAUAUGGAUUAUAUAUAUGAGAGGAUCUGGUAUUCUAUAGGGAUGAUCGGGAAUGGGAUAGCCGUGACUACGCCUAUUGGAAUGGCAAUGCAAAGGCGCGGGAUACGUACAUAUGGGAAUACAUGGG